CGGCGGCGGAGUUCACGCACGCGCAGGCCAGACCCUGGGAAUACGGUUCCUCUGCGGGCCUUCUGGGAAAGGAAAAUGGUGGCGCCCGGUCUGCGGCUGGGAGCGGAAAGGUUUCUUGAGACGCCUGCGGUGCUGGGGCGUCUGAGCCGCCCUUAUAGCAUGUCCCAAACCUUGGCUGAGGUACUACAGCUGCCGAAGAAGCAGCUGACGAAGUUGCUGUACCCGCUGCAAGAACUCGAGCGGCACCUCGCCCCGGACACGGGGCCCGACCUUCACCUGAGGAUCUUCGACCCGAGCCUGGAGGACAUUGCGAGGGCGGAGAGCAUCUUCACAGCCACGGUCCGGAACCGCAUCGAUUACCUCAGCUCCGCUGUUCGUAUCGACCACGCCCCGGACCUGUCCCGACCCGAGGUUUGUUUUAUAGGCAGAAGCAAUGUUGGAAAAUCAUCCCUAAUUAAGGCUUUAUUUUCACUGGCCCCUGAAGUUGAAGUCAGAGUCUCCAAAAAACCAGGACACACAAAGAAAAUGAAUUUUUUCAAAGUUGGAAAAUAUUUUACAUUGGUGGACAUGCCAGGUUAUGGCUAUAGAGCACCUGAAGAUUUUGUUGACAUGGUAGAGACCUAUCUAAAAGAACGAAGGAAUUUGAAGAGAACAUUUUUAUUGGUGGAUAGUGUUGUUGGAAUUACAAAAACAGACAAUAUUGCCAUAGAAAUGUGUGAAGAAUUUGCAUUACCCUAUGUGAUGGUAUUAACAAAAAUCGACAAAUCUUCUAAGGGACAUCUUUUAAAACAAGUGCUUGAGAUCCAGAAAUUUGUUAAUACGCAUACACAAGGAUGUUUUCCUCAGUUGUUUCCUGUAAGUACUGUGACCUUUUCUGGAAUCCAUCUAAUGAGAUGCUUUAUAGCAAAUAUAACAGGAAAUCUUGACUAAUGGCUCCCAGUUUAACUGAAGAUUCAAAAAACCGCAUCAUGCCAACUGGAGAUAAAUAGAAGAAUUUCAACAUUGUUUAAAACGUUGUGCAUCUGUAACUUCAGGAGGAUCAUUUCGUUUUUAAACCCUGCACCUUCCCAAAGUAAAGAUGAAUUUGUGCCUGGGAUAAAAAACAGUUUCUAAAUAAUUGAAUUAUGCUGUUCAUUGAAACAGAUACUGUUUUUCCCAUUUUGACAAACUGACAAGAGCAUAUAGAAACCCAUAAAAUGAAAACCUAUUACUACUAUAUAGAGAAUGGUUGACCACGUUAUUUAUUGGGCUUUGUCUUUUAAAGAAAAUGUGUAUUAUUUUUUUUUGUUGUUUUAAAGUAGACUAGGUAAAGGGGACUGCUUUUUUUUCUAAGCAUUGAUAGGUAAGUAGAAGGAUAAAUGUUCCCAUAAUCUUUUUUUCAAGUCAUUAUUUGAAAAUUGAAAAAAUAUAAAGUUUGUCAGCCCAUGUUGGAAACACCCAGAAGACCAUAAUUCAAGUUCAAAUUCUGGUAUUUAUCACAUGUUGGACUUUGGGCAACAUACAUGAUUUCUCUGAACUUCAUUUGUAACUGUAACCUUGAAAGCUAUUAAGAUUAAUAUGGUUUUACAUAGUAGGCAAUAUAUGUGAGAAAGACAGCUACAUAUUUGUAAAGCCAACUAACCAAAGAAAUAUAGCAAAAUGCAGGGGUAGAUUUACCACAGGAAGGAUCCUGUCACAGGGAAGUAACAUUUUCUCUAGUGAAAAACAAACAAAACCCAGAAACUAGCUUUAAGUAAGAAAUCUAAUUUGCAAAGGGCAAGAGAAAAAAGUUGGUGAGAUGGUUUAGACUUGGUACAUUAAGAUUCACAAUGGAAAGAUAAAGCCUUUGAACUGAAGUUAAUGGAAAAGAUUUUUUGAAGGUGCCACUCACUGUUUAUGUAAGUGGCUUUGCUUUUCAAAGUGAGGCUGAAUAUUAAGAGGUUAUAGCUAUAUUACUAGAUAAAAAAUAAAUGCUGUGAACCAGUUUUAUGGCUUUUUUUAGAAACUUAUUUCUGAAUAUUUUCAUUUGUUUUAUAGUUGAUAGAAUUGGUCUAUUUUAUUCUAACCAGCAGUGUUUUAAGCCCAAAAAAAGGAUGUUUUAACAUUGGCAUGCACAAAGUAAAAUAUAUAGUGG